AUGUUAUAAUUUAUAUCCAAAAGACCUUUCUGUGUUCAACUCAAAGACAUCAACACAAUGCUUAGUAGAUUGUCCUCAAGUAUCAAGGAAUUCAACUAUGUCAAUCGUAACAUUGAUAAGGCAAUCAAAUCAAGAGAGUAUUAGGAAAUACUGGAGAGACUCCCUCAAUCUCAUUCCCAACUGGAUAAUUAUGGUUAAUUAUUUAAUUAUCCAAUUUUAGGACUAUAAUGUGGUUUAGACUCGUUUUCUCAUAUUUUUGAUCAUCUGGGUUAGGAUAGAAAAUUAGAACCUGUUCGAUAAUUUUUGGCAAAGAAAGCCGAUAAUUUAUUGCAAUAUCCAAUAAAUGUUCUAUGCGACACCUAUUACAAUUUAACUCUUCUAAGAAGUGAUACAAAUAAAUUUCAAGAUCAAAUUUUAACACACAUUAAAAUCCACAAAAGUAUUCCUGGGGAACAAUAUGUAAGAUUACUUAGGGCUUUGACUAGAAAGUUUAAUUUAACAGAAUAUGAUCAUUAAUUGAUUUAAGUGCUAAAUUAAUUAAAUAUAAAGUAAUCUUAAGUCUAAAUUUUACUUAAAUGCUUUAGGUUAAUUGUAGAACAAAAUUUAAUUUAGAUAUUUUGCUGAGCUUCACACCCUGCAUUAAAAACCAUUGUAUGCAUUUCCUGAGCUUUUUGAAUAUAUAGCAACAUAAAUAAAGAAAUUUCCAACUCAUAGUUAUGGUGAUAUUUUUUGUGGAUAUCAUCAUUUAGGAACCACCUUUGAUUAAACUUUCUUACAUAGAACAGUAAAUGAAUUCGAACAUUCCAUCGCAACCUAUAAAAAUGGUAUGACAUAACUAGCAAGUAAUAAAUAUCAUUAAUUAUAAAGUGUAAUAAUAUAUUUCAAUCCUGAGAAUUGCAAAUAAACUAGAUAAAAGUGACAUAGUUAAAUUUAAUUGGAAUUUACACUUCAAUGCCUUAAAGGAAUUGCUUUCAUAAUGUGAUUUCAAAUAAAAAACAACUAUUACUUCAUUUUGUUCACUGUUUAUUGAUAAAAUAUCUCAAUAUGAUCAGAGUGAAAAGGAUAAAAUAUUUGAAAUGAUCAGAUCAUUCUAAACUCCUGGAAUUUGGGAUUUCUUUUACUAAAAUAGAUAGUAUUUUACUUAGUAGUAAAAUUAAUUAAUACUUGAAGAAGUAACAGAAUUUCAUAUUUUCAGUUUAUAAAUUACGAAUAAGAAAAGUAAUAAGUAAGUGAUUAAAAGUACCCUCAAAAUUAUGUGUUUUACAACAAAUACGCUCGACUUUAUAAUCUUCCAGAAAGAAAGGAACAGCAAUUCUUAUUGGGAGGCUUGGUUUUAUCGUAAUAUGAAUAAACUACAGAUGAAGUAUAAACCAUGAAAUUUCUUCAGAAUCUUACAAUCAAAAAUUAAUUUUGGAGUUCAUAAUUCAAAAUUUUAUUGAGUAGCAUCAAUGGAACUCAAACUCUAGAGUUCUGGAAAUAAUAAACUAUUAAAAAUACUGGUAGAGUUAAAGAAGAAUAUUCAUUGGAAAUACAAAGACAUCUCAAUGGUGAUUUUUACAUGUUUCCAAAAGUAUUUAAUCUAUAUCAGUGUUAAUUUGUAAUUUGGUCUUUCCAACACUUUCAAAUGGCACCUGUACUUGUGGCACCCAUAUUUUAUAGAACACUAGGAAACCAUUAGAAGUAUGUGUUUUUAAAAAAUUUUAGUCUGAUAGACGAAUUAGUGGGCUUAUUUACAUUUCAUAAAUGUGGUUUCAAUGAAGUAGGGUAUAUUUGGGAAUAAAUGAAUUACCCUUAAAACACGAAGAUAAUUUCUUUUCUUAAUGCAGCCAAGUCUGAGGAUUCUCCUUAAAGGAUUAUUAAUAAAUUAAAAGAUUUCUGA